UUAAUUCGUUAGUUAUAAAAAAAUAUUUCAUAAAACAUCAGUGCUUGCAAAGAAUAUGCCGGAAAGCGAGAAGAAAGAAGAGACGAAAAAAGACGAGGUGAAGAACGAGGAACCACAAAAAGACGAGGCAAAGAACGAGGACCAGCCAACAAAGGAAGAGUCGAGUAAAAAGAGUUCUGUUGGCUCUAAAACAUCAGUUAAAAAUGCCGAACCUGUUGAAGAAAAACCGGAAGAAACUAAGAAAACGGAAAUUCCCAUUCCAAAAAUGAAAAAUGAAAAGAUGCAGCAGAAGGGAGUUCUCAUGCAAAAUGAUAUUUUGACGAUACAGGUCGACGACAUGGUUGACUAUAUAAAGAACCGCAAAGAUAUGGAAAAUCUCAAGGAAGGCGAAAGAUUGGAGCCAUUUAUCAUAUUUUUAAAUAGCAGAUUCAUAAGUACUGUUAAGCACAAUAUAAGAAUGAAGCGAGCCAAAACCGGUAUCGUUGUUGUUCUUUUGCUCAUAGUAGUUAGUGUUAUAUGCUUUUUCUUGGGCAAAAUCGUUUCUUCAUGACUUAAAAAAUAAAUCAG